CACCUUAAAGUUGCGAUCCGCCACAAUAGAAAAGAAGAAGAAGAAUCUUCUAAUCUAUAAGAAUACGGGGAGAUACAGGGGGCUUUCUAUUAUUUUCACUGAAAGAAAUGUUUCUUCCAAGAAAGCGUUAAAAAAGUGAACAGGAGUCCUGCUGAGAACCAUGGCGAACCAGAGGGUUCUCCCUCAGAGCAAGGAGACUCUGCUGCAGAACUACAACAAGAGGCUCAAAGAUGACAUCAAGUCCAUCAUGGACAACUUCACGGAAAUCGUCAAAACUGCAAAGAUUGAAGAGGAGACUCAGGUAUCUCGACCAACCCAAGCAGAGCAAGAUCACUAUGAGAUGCACGUCAGAGCUGCAAACAUUGUUCGAGCUGGUGAGUCCCUGAUGAAACUGGUGUCGGAUCUGAAACAGUUCCUGAUCCUGAACGACUUUCCUUCUGUGAACGAUGCGAUCAGUCAGCAGAACCAGCAGCUCAGAGCGCUGCAGGACGAGUGUGACAAGAAGCUGACGUCGCUCCGGGACGAGAUUGCUGUCGACCUCUAUGAGCUAGAGGAAGAGUAUUACUCCUCCAGGUACAAAUAGGCUCCCACCUGCCCCAUCCCUCCGCCCUAAUGUCCUUUCAUAACCUACUUAGCUUAUCACCCAGCUACUACUGAGCCUGGUUACUCGAUACACAUUAAUUCAUCCCAACAAAUCAAUGCUGAAGGUCAUCUUGUUUCAUUUUCUUAAGUGCUUUUACAGCCUUACUGUUAACAGCUUAUCAGCCUUGUCUUUUAUUUUAUUUUUUUAAAGACCUUAAAGGGGUGAACACUACAUAUCUGCUUUAACUGCAUAUCCGGUUCUCCAUCUGCUGGUCAACAUUCUUGUUAUAGAUAUCUGUGAAAUAUUCAUCUCAUUGUUCUGGUGACGCCUUAAUGAACCAAAGAAGUUAACGUCAAAAAUGCAUUGCUGAAGUAUUUAUAUCACUUAAAUAUUUUUGCCUUUUUUUUGUUUUUCCAUGUGAAGACCAAAAACCUCCCUGCAUUGUACUGUUGUUUUAUUUGACAGACAAACUUUAGAGUACAUCAUAGAUAAGUGGAAGAAAUGAUGUCUACCACUGUUACUAUUUAGCUCUCCUGGCUCCAUGCUUUAGAAAUAAUCAUGCUCGUCUCUCUUACAUGCAUUUUUAAGCAUGUAUUCUCUAUGUGGCUCUGGAUGUCUUCUAAAGCUGUUGCCAGGCAGAAAACUGAACCUCUUCUUCAGUUUUUAAAAUAAUUUCCUUUGAAAUAUUCUCCUAAACUCUGAGUUGCUUUGUUAGCUUUGAUGACAAAAAAGCUUCCCCCAAACAUGAAGCCACAUUUCUUUAGGGAAACUAUUUGUUUGCUUUGCCGAUUGUUUUCUGGGUCUCAAUUUUUUUUGCUAUUGGUCAAAACUUUCAGAGUAUUUUUUUUGUUUGGUUUUGGACUGUAAUCUCUAAUUUUGGUCUGCUCAUACUGUAUGUGGUUGGUUUCCCUACAUUUUACCGAGGGAUCAGUUAAGAGGAUAAUUACUGCAUUUUCCACUCUCUAGAUGUUAUAUUAAAUAAAAACACAUGAUUUCUGUUAAAUAAUAUCUAAACUACCGUAUUUUCACGACCAUAAGGCGCACCGUACUAAAGGGGCAGUCUCAGUUAUGUGUGCAAUUACUGUAUUUAACACACAUAAGGCGCACUGGACUAUAGGGCGCAGGUUUUAUAAACCGGUACAUGCAACCGGCGCUGCCUUCCACUUUUCGUGAAACUGUGGUCUCCGUCGGUCAUCCAUCGCUCCCACGCCGCUCGCAGCCUUACUUUGAACGGCCGGUUCACACCGAUGUCGAGUGGUUGAAGUUCCUUUGUCAGACCUCCCGGAAUAACAGCGAGCACAGCGUCCAUUUGAUUCACCUUGUUUUUCGCAUUGG